AUGGCUUCAUUAAAUGAGCCAGCUACGUUAGCGACGGCGUUGAAUAAUGUACGAAGACUUAAAGAUUCCACUUUACCUCAACAAUCGAAACCAGCUCAACUACUAAUUGCCAUUGAAUCAACCAUCUCCUUUACACUUGGUACGGAUGAACUACCACAUUCAGCCACUGCUUAUUUCGCUUCUCUACAACAAGUGUUAGAGAAAGCAUGUAAUGAUCAAGUUCCUACUUCUUCCGUCAACGGCGGCAGAGGGGACGAUGAAGAGAUGGCCGAAAGUGAGAAUAUGGGUCAAGGAGCAUUAAUACCAGCUACAUUGUAUUUAUUAGCUAUCAUCAUACCUGAAACUUCUAGCUCAGUCGUAUUAUCAAAGAUAACAACUAUAUUAGAUAAUAUUUUACCUCUCUUCGAAACUUCUUUAGAACAUCCUCCAGCUUUAAGAUCAUUAAUACAAAUAAUAACUUCGUUAUUGUUACUUCCUUCUUCCAAUCAAUUGAACUCCUCACCUCUCCUCAAAAAAGCUUGGAACUAUUUGUUAGAAUUGAAUCUUGAUCCAAGGCCUAAAGUCAGACAUACAGCUCAAGAAGGUAUAAGAAAGAUUUUGACCACUCCUAUCCCACCCAAAUUGACUCCUGGUUCUCAUCCUUAUCUACCAAGAGCGAGAGAAUGGGUAGUAGCUAUACUGGAAGAAGAAGUCAAAUCAGGUGGUAACGGAAAUGCCAAAAGCAAGAAAAUCAGAUUUGCAGAUGGUGACGAUGGGGAAGGUAAAAGAGCUAUAUGGGUCAUUCAAGGUUUAAGAGGUUGGGUUGCUGUAUGGGGUGACGAGCAAUUAUCGUCAUUAUGUGGUUUACUACUCUCAUUACCACCUUUACCACAUCUCACUACUCAUAUCUAUUCACUUCUUGCACUAUUGCUUUCACCUCCUCCAGUUGAUGCGACAGGACCCAAACCUUCUGUUUUAACAAAUCUACCAACGAUCCUAGACUCGCUUCUUACUUCUCCACCUGAAGUAUCAGAUACACCGACAUAUCUAUCCGCUAUCACAUCGGCACUCAUCAAAAUGUCAUUACAAGAUCCAACCAUACUUCCCACAUAUUUACCUAAAGCUUUCAACUUGAUUUUUCAUAAUAUCCUCCUAUCACCUAAUACAACACCAGCAGUAUUGCAAUCAGCAAGUGAAGCAAUCGGAUCACAAGGUAUCUUAAGAUAUUGUAUCACGGAUGAAGCGAUCUUAUCAACUGUAACUUAUGUAAGACAAGGAUCUAACGUCCCUGGAGCCAGAAAAAAGUCAAAAACUCCUUUCCUAUACAAAUUGAUCAAUUCCAUAACUGAGUCGAUGAACACUCACGCUUUGAGAUUACCCUAUCUAUUCAACAUACUUCAAGCUUUGAUAUCAAGAUUGAGAUUAAGAGUUCUACCUGGCGAAUUUGCUAAAGUCGAUGAGACCGGAAGGGGUCAUACUGCAGCCGAAGAAUUGUUGAUGGAUAUCAUCAAAGAUGUUGGUGAUCUGAGACAUCAAAGGGGCUUUGAGGAUAAAGAAGGUGUGGAUAACGUUAUAGGUAUGGCUAUUGAAGUCAUUGGUGUACCAGUGGUUUUGGAAAGAUUACCACUGAACAUCGAGCCUGAUUCAUCUGGCUCAACUCCCUAUCCUGGUCGAGCACACUUGCUUCCUCUGAUCCGAUCAAGAACGACAAACGAUCAAUUGUCAUACUUUGCAGGAUACUUUAGACCAUUGUCCGAGCGCUUAUUCGAGAAAAAGGUCUCAGCCGAAGAUGGGGGUAGAGCCGCAGAAGCCAAAGUCUGGGAGACAGUUGUUGUUCAAAUUUGGGAUUGUUGGAGUGGUUUCUGUGAAAUGCCAAGGGAUCUGAAAGACGGCCUCACUACUCCCUUCCUGUCACUUCUCACCAACCUUCUUUACACCCAGCCACUGCUACUCACUGCCCUCUUACGAGGUCUUUCAUUGCUCGUCUCUUCCACACAAAGAUUACUGAACUCCGGUUCUCCACCUGAAGAACUGCGAAAACAAUUUGGACUUGAUCAAAAUUCCGCUGCUGAGAACAUGAACUUCCUGAAGACUUUAGCUAAAGAUAUGGUAUCCGUUCUGUUGAAUGUUUUCAGUAAGCUACCUAGAGAGUCUAGGGGUAUGGUAGGAGAAGUCAUUGGAUUAUGGGUUGGAAUCAUGACUGAGAGUGAUAUCAUCGAGACUUACAAUACUGUUACUACUCAUCUAUCAUCCAAUCUACAUACCACUCAACCACCUUCAGCUGGAGCAUCACCAAUCUCACACACAAUGUUAGACCUCUUGAUCAUCUUCGUACCUCACUUACCUCCUACUCAAUCACAAGCGCUAUUUAACGCCGCGAGUCAAGGAACGAUGUUAGAGCACAAAGAUGCAACUGUCCAGAAGAAAUCAUAUCGUGUACUGAAACGUUUGUUAGAAGCUGGUAAAUUGGACAAAUCCAAGAAUUUGGAGGAAUUUGUCAAAAAGUUGGGAGAAGCAGGUGCAGGUGUUGGUCCAGGUGCUCAAAGAGAUCGACUUCAACUGCUUUCCGCUUUAGUGGAGAGUUUACCAAAAGACUCAUUACAUAUCAUUCCUGAAUUACUUUCCGAAGCUGUUUUGGGUACUAAAGAAGUCAAUGAACGAGCAAGAGAUGCAGGGUUCGAUUUAUUAGUUAUCAUGGGUAAGAAAAUGGCAAGUGGUGGUGAAGUAAGAGUUCAAAAGGAUGAAGCUGAGGGCGAAGAUGAGGAGAAUAUGGAUCAAACUGGUCCAGUUCAAGCAAAUGCAGAGGAAUACCUUACUAUGGUGGCUGCUGGAUUAACAGGGACAACACCUCAUAUGAUCAGUGCAACCAUCAAUGCGUUGUCUAGGUUGAUAUUCGAAUUCAAAGAGGACGUAUCCGACCGAACCUUGUCCGAGUUGCUCUCAACUUUAUCAGUAUUCCUCACAUCCAAAAACCGAGAAAUCAUAAAAUCAGCACUUGGGUUUUCUAAGGUUACAAUAGUCUCAUUACCUCUCGAAGUCCUUCAACCUCAUUUACCUCAAUUGGUUCCUGCUCUAUUAGGCUGGGUGCAUGAUCAUAAAAACCAUUUCAAACAGAAGACUGUACACAUUUUCGAAAGGUUGAUACGAAGAUUUGGAUUCGAUGAAGUAUAUAAACACUCUACCGAAUUGCCUGAAGAAAGGAAAGUACUUAAUGGCAUUAGGAGAAGAAAGGAAAGAGCAAAGAAGAGAAAGAACGGUAAAGACGAUGAAGACGAAGAUGGUGAACAGAAACCACGUCAAUCAACUGGAAAUGCAUUCGAUGAUGUUCUUUACAAUUCCGAAUCAGACAUCUCCUCAGAUGACGAUAAUGAGGAAGAUUCAAGACCUACUCAAAAAGGUAGAAAAGGACAACAACAGCAACAACAACAACAACAAAAUAGAAAAGGCAAACAAAACACAAAGCAAGAUACUAGGUAUAUAAGAAACGAAGGUGAUGAACCUAUGGAUUUAUUGAGUAGGAGUAUCGCAGGUGGUGUUGUCUCCUCUGAUCCUUCGGCACGAAAACAACGUAAACCAGGUCAAGAUGCCUCCCACUUCCAAACUGAUAAAACAGGGAAACUUGUCAUUCAAGAAGAUAACGAUCCAGAUGAUAACCAAGGUCAAGCUGGGUCUUCGAGGACUGACGGUGGAGUAAUGAUGUCCAGAAAUACCGUAGACGGACAUACCAGAGAUUCAAAGGGUAAUUUGAAAUUCAAUAGGAACACAAAGAAAGUAAGAGAAGAUGAAAGGGAGAUGAAUGAAAUGUUCGAUGAGGAAGAAAAGAAGAUUGAUGGAAGGAAAAUGCAAGAUAGGAGAAAGAAGAGGAAAGCCAUGGGUUUAGGAGAAGAAUUCAAAGCUAAACGAGCUGGUGGAGAUAUCAAACGUAAUAAUGGACCUGAUCCUUAUUCAUACGUAUCAUUGGGUCAAGCUGGCUCGAGAAAGAAUGGUAAAGGAGGCAAUAAGAUCAAUCUCACAAACAAAAAGAAGGGUUCGAGGACUUGA